GCCCAGCCAGCGACCCAGCACACAGCUCUGCACGGCCAGUACAGCUGCUUGUCGGGGCCUCGACAUGACCAAGAAUUUGCCUGUUAGAUGAGGCGCCACCGGUGGUCGUGCUGCCGUUUUCGUCUACGGCCGUGUUUAAGGCGCUAACUACCGGGAUCGUAAUCCGCUGCCAGCAGCAGCUUUCCGUUUCGCUCAGUCCGCACGCCGGUCCGUAAGCCGUUUGUGCCGACAGCAUGGCGCUGUAUCAGCCCGUCCAGUCGUGGAUGAAGGCUUCGGAAACUGUUAAAAUCGUCGGCUCCGAGCAAGGCGACGGCUUCACGGUGUAUCGUGUGCAGGUGACAAUCGCCCCUUAUUGCUGGCUGGCCAAGCACAGGUACAGCGACUUCAAGGAACUCCAUAACAAGCUUCGGUGCAACUACCACGUGGAGCGGAGUCUGCUGCCACCGGGCAAGCUGCUGGGGCGCCAAGUGGCGAGCUUCGUGCAGCAGCGGCAAGCCGAGCUCGAGCACUACCUCGUGACGCUGGUGCACCACUUUGCAGAUGCACUGCCACUCCCCCUGGCACGCUUUCUACACUUUGACCAGUUUGAGGUGCGCACCGUGGUGGCCGACUUGGCCGAGCGGCUGUUUGAGACGGGUGAGCAGGUCCUGGCCGGUGACUCCCGCUUCUGCACCACCCCGUUGCAACUGCACUGCCUCACUGAAAGGCUCAAGUUGGCCGAGCCCACUUGCAGCUCUGGGGACAAGCGACGAGACUUGGCCCACGUGCUGGACUUUGUGUCUCAGUUGCAGCACCUCGAGGUGUCGGCUGAACCGGGCUGCCUCGGCUUCAGCAAUGUGCGACCCAGCAGCCUAUCCUUCGAUCUGGCCCCCUUCCGGAACCUCCGCACACUUCGGCUACAAGGCUGUGCGGUGCGUGGACAGCUGUCGGGGCUGGAGGUGCUGCGGCCGCGCCUACGGGAGUUGACGGUUGAGAAUGCGCUGCCACCCAUGGCGGACUUGUCGUGCAUGCUGGUGGCCGGCGACAUCUGGCAAAUGGCAGCGUGGCCCCUGGUGCAGCGGGCACGCUUCAACCACAACAGCCUGACUACAAUUGACCUCAGCAUGCGCCUGCUGACGUCAGUGGAGCAGCUGGAGCUGGUGGGCAACAAGCUGUCGCAGGUGGAGAACCUGGAGUGCCUGUCGCGCCUGUCGAUGCUCAACAUGUCUGACAACAGCCUGCGCCACCUGCCCCCCCUGCACACUCGCUUGGGAAACGUGCGACAGCUGAGCCUCGCGGGAAACCAGAUUGAUUCCUUGGCCGGGCUGUCGCGGCUGUAUUCCCUGGUGGAGCUGGACGUGUCGCGCAAUGCCAUCGCCCUGGUCUCCGAGGUGGGCCACGUGGGGGCGCUGCCGUGCCUGGAGAGCCUCGACCUGCGGGCCAACCCGGUCAACCAGAUGAUCGACUACCGAGCGCACGCGCUGCUGCUCUUUGGAGGCCGAGCACACGAGGUGGUACUGGAUGGGCAGAAGGCAACGCAAAAGGAGCUGGACACUGUCAACGUAUUGCGUGCCUUACAAGUAGCUAAAGACAGGAAGCCUCCCACCGAUGCGGCAGCAGCGAGUUACCCCAGCACCAAUCUGCAGCCCUCUGCCCCAGAUGGCAGUGCGUCUGUGCUGAGGAGGCCCCCACCUGCGGAGGAACGGCCGAACGCAGCGGCAGAUGAAUUCCGGCAACAGGUGGCCACAAUGCGAACCCUGGGAGGCACGGACUGGCUGAGACUCUUUAAUCGCAUGAACCAACAGGGGCAGCCAAUCCUUGUACAGCCAGUAUCGACGUUGGCCAUAUCUCCAGGUGACUCGGACCAAGGGAAGCCUCGGGGUGAACUCGCUCUGCCAGACUGGCUUCUGCGGACGGGUCUUCAGCAGCCGAGCUUCCAGGACCAGUUACAGGCCCAGGCCAAGGGCCACGCACCGGAAUGGGUCGCCUGGUGCGUGCGGAUUGAGGCACCGACUGCUGCGACCAGUGUAGUCUGCAUCGUUGCCAACUGUGCCGGUUUGAGUCUGCUCGAGCUGGAGCAAGUGCAAGGCAGCAGCGGUGCAUUGGUGCCACGCUUUGGACAGUGCACGACCGUUGCGCCUUCGCAGAUGGAGCGUCUUCUCAGGGGCCCCCACAGGAGCUACAUUGAGCUACGAAUGGAGUUGCAGUCCAGGGCGGCCUGUACCGUCCUGAUGCCUGCCUCAGCCGAGGACACGGACUACCUGACGCGCCAGUUUGCCGCCACCUUUGGCCUGGAGUGCCGGGACAAGUUCUCACCGCGGCACGUGGAGCUUGUGGCUGUGGGAACGUCGACUGCUGGCGACGUUCGGUUCUGCGGACGCAUUCUCUCAAACGGUGUUGAUGCGGGAACGGUUCACUAUGUGCUCGUAGUGUGCAGAGAGAUAGCGUUAGUGGUUGAGGAUGUUUUCAAUACGGUGCAGCCGUUUCGAGUACAGAGGACUUGGAAUGUUGAGUUGCCCGUGGUGGACGUGCAGCUUCCCGAGCACUGGCCGGCGUCAGUGACGUCCGUGGACGAGUUCAGAAAGUGUGGUUUUGGUGUGAGGAUUAGCUUCGAAGGGGGAGAGCAGUUUGAUGCACGGUUCCAAGUGAGAGACUCGCGCAGCCAAUUCCUCGAGGCUUUUCUGGCUGCUAGAAACUCUUGACAGCAAUCUGUAGAAGGCACCUUGUGUCCUCUAAUUCACUCCUCGCGUGCCACGGCAUCUCUGUUGCACAUGGCGUGGGUUGCCGGAACUAAGGCAUGUGCCACUUUCCCUUGUGCCUGCCCAUGUGAUGUAGAAAUGUGACUAUCCUUUAAAUGGCUACUCGAGCUCUGUGCCUUUGACAAGCCAUCCAGCACAGUGUUUGUGCUUCCAUGGUGGUCUUCUGUGAUUGAGAUGUGUGAGCAUUAUGCAACUCUUAACCCUGAUUUUUUUUUUUUUGUUCAUGUGUGUUCAUGUACUUUGCAUUUAAAAGAAAACCGCAAUCAUUCUACAGCAGCAUAUAUGUAUCGAAUAUUUUCAUUUCCUUUCUGCAUGUGCACACUGUCAGAUGCAUAUGCAAGUCAUGAGAAAUGAGAGGCACAGUUCGCAGUUCCUUGAAGAACAUGCACUGAACAGUUGAAGUACUACUAUUGUUACAUGCCAUUGGCUUGAAACUUGUGCUAGAAUACAGCACAACAGUGCACACUGGGGUGGCCAAAUGCUGGAACUGCUGACUUGCACUAGUCAUAUAACUGCACUGUUGGAUCUUCAAGUCUAGAUGUUUGUGGCUGUUGGUUUGGCAUGGCUUGAAUGCAACAGCGGAUGGGGGUGCGAUCCGGGCUAGUUGGUAUUGCAUCUUGUAGUGGAAAACCGAGCGACAGACGACGACACAACACGAGCGCUGACCAGCGCUCGUGUUGCAUGAUUUUCUGUCCUCGUAUUAGCAGGUAAAGCAGCACUUACUAUGCAAAAUCCUCUCUUUUGUCUGUUCCAUUGUGCAUACAUGCUGGCAGUAGAAGGCUAGUCUCUGAACUAGUAUUGUUGAAAAGCUGCAGCGAAACUUAAGGCCAUAGAAGUCUAAAUGGUGCUACAACAUACUUAAUGUGCAUGCGGCAAGUCUGGAGUAUGUGUGAGAGUUUGAUGAAGUACUA